AAUUGUAUUUCGAUCUCCCUCUGUUUUAUCAUGUUCUCUUUCUCACUUGUGAUUAUGUUUCUACUAAGCCUGUGUAUGAUUUAUUAUCGGUGAAUCUACUUAUUUUCGAAUUGAACCCUAAUUUGGGUUUGUUAUGAGAUAGUGAUGAACAUACUAGUGAACCUGCAACUAACCCUAGUGUAUAAAAUUCGAAGAUGAAGAUCCUUGAUUUUUGUUAUAUUGACAUUUCUAUCUCUAACUAAUUUUCGUGUGUGGAUAAUUUGGCUCUUAUUUGAUAAUGUUCUUGAAACCUUAAUUUCUGAUUGUUAUGAAUUGAUUCUGAUUAGGUAGUGAGGUAUUUGACUAGAGGUGAUUCUGGUGUUGAUGAAAUCAUGGUUUGCCGAUUCUUUUGACGAGGAGACUUUGGAGGAUUUUAAGACGGCUGUUAAGAGUACUAACAAGCUAUGUGUUGUUAUGCUAGAUACAGUAGGCCCUGAAUUGCAAGCUGUUAAUAAAAGUGAAAGAUGGAUUGCACUAAAGGCUGAAUCAUCAGUUGUUUUGACUCCGGAUCAAGAUAAAGAAGCAACUUCAGAUCUAUUGCCAGGCAAUUAUGAUGGAAUUGCAAAGGCUCAGAGUGUAGGACCUGUAGGUUUAGACCAUAUGGAUGUGGAGGGUCUGAAGAGGCUUAACAAGAACAAGAAAUUGGUCAAGAAGCUUGCUAAGAAAAUACCAUGCUUUUCUUGCAUCUGAAGCUGUUAUGUACAAGAAAAUUUCCAAGUCUUGUUACCCAUCAGGAGUCUCUGGAGUCGAAGGUUAAUGAAAUCAAGGCCAUGGUCAAGUUCCAAUUAAAGAAGGUACUCUUCAUGGGUGUUGCAGUAGGGAACCUUGGAAUGGAGGAGAAACAAAUCUUCCAGAAUGUGCAACUGAGUGUUAACUUCCUCGAAUCAUUAUUGAAAAAGAAUUGGCAAAACGUAAGUUCAUUUCCACCAUACUUAAUAUUGCUAUGCUUUGACUUAAAAGUUCAAGCUCAGGGAGAGAGAGAGGCAUUUUGUUUCGAACCGAAUCAAUGCUAAUAGUCCAUAAUUACUCUGUUUUUAUGUGCGAUGUUCCUAGCAUGGAUUUUAAGUUGGUUUU